ACCGGAAACAGGGAAGGCAAUAACCUACUCUUCCUACGGUGGCCUGAAGGAGAGGCGAAAUAGGCGUAGGGAUAAUUUGUUAUUUCUAGGACUCACAGUCGCGAUGUCUUUCAAGAGGGAAGGUGACGACUGGAGUCAGCUCAAUGUGCUCAAAAGACGAAGAGUUGGAGACUUGCUGGCCAGCUACAUCCCAGAGGAUGAGGCGCUGAUGCUGCGGGAUGGACGAUUUGCUUGUGCCAUCUGCCCACAUCGACCAGUACUGGACACCCUGACCAUGCUAACUGCCCACCGUGCAGGCAAGAAGCAUUUAUCCAGUUUGAAGCUUUUCUACGGCAAAAAGCAGUCAGGCAAGAAAACAGAGCAAAACCCAAGGCAGCAGAAUGAAUUGAAGGCAGAGAGCAAAGCGGAGGCACCUUUGCUAACCCAGACUCGAUUAAUCACCCAGAGCGCUCUGCACAGAGCGCCCCACUAUAACAGUUGCUGCCGGAGGAAGCACAGACCGGAAGCCGCUGCUCCCUCUGUCUCCAGUCCUUCUUUGCCAGCCCCAGAGGUUGGACUCCAGAGUGCAAUGAUCAGUAGGGAACCUGAGACUAAGACAGAGUCACAUGCCAAAGAGUCAUCAGCUCUCUUGGCCUCUGCACCCAUGAGCCCCACAAAACGACGAGCCCUGAACCAUUACCUCACCCUCCGAAGCUCUGGAUGGAUCCCAGAUGGACAAGGUCGAUGGAUAAAAGAUGAAAAUGUUGAAUUUGACUCUGAUGAGGAAGAACCCCCUGACCUCCCCUUGGACUAAUAACCCUCUCCCAAUUUGUUCCACAAAUAAACUACAGUGAGUCC